CGGGCAGGGGGGGGGCAGAGGGUUCCGGUAGCCGGUGCGCGGCCGCAGCUCGCGGCAGUACCGGGAUAGCCGGGAUAACCGGGACAACCGGGACACCCCGCGGGCCCGCAGCCGGUGCCGAUGCCGAGGAGCAGCUGACGGCGGCGGGGACGCGGAAAUGGAGCUGCGGCCGGGCCGGGCCGUGCGGGCGCUGUGCGGCCUCUUCCUCCUCCUUCUCCUGCUGCUGCUGCUGCAGCAUCCCGGCCGCGCCGAGCGGGCCCCCGGCUCCCACCUGGACGACUCGGCCAUCGCAGCAGAGUUCUGCCGCAUCGACAAGGCCCUGUGCCACGACGAGGACGAGCAGCUCAGCUUCGAGGCCGUGCGCAACAUCCACAAACAGAUGGACGAUGACGCCAACGGCAACGUGGACGUGGAGGAGAGCGACGAGUUCUUGAGGGAAGACUUGAAUUACCAUGACCCCGCAGUCAAGCACAGCACGUUCCAUGGAGAAGACAAACUCAUCAGUGUGGAGGAUCUCUGGAAGGCCUGGAAAACAUCUGAAGUGUACAACUGGACGGUUGAUGAGGUGGUUCAGUGGCUCAUUUCCUACGUGGAGCUGCCCCAGUACGAGGAGACCUUCCGGAAGCUGCAGCUGAGCGGCCACGCCAUGCCCAGGCUGGCAGUGAACAACGCCACCAUGAUGGGGACAGUGCUGAAAAUGACCGACCGCAGCCACCGGCAGAAGCUGCAGCUCAAGGCCCUGGACACGGUGCUCUUCGGGCCUCCCCUGUUGACCCGUCACAACCACCUCAAGGACUUCAUGCUGGUGGUGUCCAUCGUCAUCGGCGUGGGCGGCUGCUGGUUCGCCUACAUCCAGAACCGCUACUCCAAGGAGCACAUGAAGAAGAUGAUGAAGGACCUGGAGGGUCUCCACAGGGCUGAGCAGUCUCUCCAUGACCUACAGGAGAGGCUGCAGAAGGCGCAGGAGGAACACCGCUCUGUGGAGGUGGAGAAGGUGCACCUGGAGAAGAAGCUGCAGGACGAGAUCAGCAUUGCCAAGCAGGAGGCACACAGGCUGCGGGAGCUCCGCGAGGGCACUGAGAACGAGCUCAGCCGGCAGAAAUACGCGGAGCAGGAGCUGGAGCAGGUGCGGAUGGCGCUGAAGAACGCGGAGAAGGAGCUGGAGUCCCACUGCAGCUGGGCCGCCCCCGAGGCACUGCAGAAGUGGCUGCAGCUGACCCAUGAGGUGGAGGUGCAGUACUACAACAUUAAGAAGCAGAACGCAGAGAAACAGCUGCUGGUGGCCAAGGAAGGGGCUGAAAAGAUCAAAAAGAAGCGAAACACCCUUUUUGGGACGUUCCAUGUUGCUCACAGUUCCUCUCUGGACGAUGUUGACCAUAAAAUCUUAACUGCAAAGCAAGCGCUGAGCGAGGUGACGGCGGCGCUGCGGGAGCGGCUGCACCGCUGGCAGCAGAUCGAGCUCCUCUGCGGCUUCCAGAUCGUCAACAACCCCGGCAUCCACUCCCUGGCCUCGGCCCUCAACAUCGACCCCGGCUGGAUGGGCACCCCCCGGCCCAACCCCUCGCACUUCAUCAUGACUGACGACGUGGACGACCUGGACGAGGAGCUCGUGUCGCCCAUGUCCAUCCAAUCUCCGGCCUUGCCCAGCACAGUCCGGCAGCGCCUGGUGGAGCCGCAGCACGGCCACGGAUCGCAGAGGUUGGUAGAGAGUCACGUGCCGGGGCAGCCCGAGGCGGGCCCCGCGGCCCCGUUCCGGGCGGGCCGAGUGUCCCUGCGCCGAAUGCACAGCCUCACCUCCGGACAGUCCUUCAGCUCCGACCUGCCCGGCUCCAGCCCAUCGCCUGCCUCCACCUCCUCCACUUCCUGCUCCUCAUCCACCACCACUGCACCUGCUCCUGCUUGCCAUGUCCACCCUAUCUAUUACCAUCACACCACCUCUUAUUUCCUCCAGAUGGAUUCCAUCCCCGACCUGCCCCCUCCUGAUGUCACCUCUGGAGUUCGCUGUCGCACUGGGAGCUUUGGAGAUUUAACUCGCUGCGACUCCGACUCCUCCAUCCCGCACCUGAGCGACCACCAGCGUAUCCCCAGCUCGGCGCCCAAGCUGCUGGCUGCCCGGCCCACGCUGCUGACCAGGUCCAUGGAGGAGGCUGUCCCCGGGCCCCCGGCCCCCGGCGCGCCCACCCCCAACGGCGGCAGCCGGCACGGGGAGCCCUCCGCCCUGGCGGCCUUGCAGGAGCGGCUGCCCGAGAGCCCCAUGGUGAUGAAGAAGAUGAUGAUGGUGAACCACGGCAUGGAGAAGUCCUCCAGCCUGGGGGAGAUCAGCCACCCGACGGCCGGCAAGCCCAGCCACUCGGAUUCGUCCCGGUCGCACAGCCCCAGCUCCACCGACCCCGACACCCCCUCCCCCAUCUCUGACUGCCGGCCCAGCGGCGCCAGGAACACCCGCAUCCCGCAGCUGGCCGCCAAGAAGAGUCCGGGGGACGAGGACAGCAGCCUGACGGGCGACGAGGUUGACCUCGGCCAGAGCAAGAAAAAGUUCCCCCUAAAGAUCUUCAAGAAGCCCAAGAAGUAGGGGGAGGACACCCCCGGACGCGUCCCGCCGGGCCCGGGGCCGGCCGUGCACCGGGAUCGCAGCGCGGCCCCGGCACCCUCCGCACCCCGAGUCACCCCCAGCGCCGGCACGGGAGGAGCUAUUUAAACUUAUUUAUUUCCUGAUCUCCGAGACGAAAAACCGCGACGCCGCCGGCUACCCCGGGAGAAGAGCCGCCCCUGCCCUCCCCUCCGACCGCUGCGGUCCCGGCUUUGCUGUGCAUGGCUUCCAGUUACUCCUGCUCUGCUCAGCCACGCGGCCUUUGGGUUUGGUUUCAAUGUGGUUUUAUUUUUUUAUUUUA